AUGGAUGUAAACGGAGUGAUAAAAACACUUGGACUUUUGUGGGAUCCGGUUGAAGACGAAUUUUUGUUCCGAGUCCCGGCGUUGGCGAUUACUUCAAGAGUUCCAACGAAACGCGAGGUGUUGAGUGAGAUAGCAAAAUUAUUUGAUCCUCUCGGUAUCUUGGGCCCAAUUGUGGUGCUGGCUAAGUUGGUGAUGCAGCAGUUAUGGUGGAAGAAGCUGGACUGGGAUGACGCGAUUUCCAGUGAGGAGUUUGAAAUCUGGAGUAAGCUGAGAAAAGAACUGUGCGAAAUCAACAACAUGAAGAUUCCGAGGUGUGUUGCGGUUAAUGAUCCGGUCGCGUUCGAACUGCAUGGCUUCUCAGAUGCCUCUCAACGUGCUUACGUCGGGUCGCCAUGGGAGAUGACGAUACCGAGGCUAGAACUGUGUGCAGCGGUUUUUUUAGCAAAGCAGAUGAAAACAGUGCGCGAAGCCUUAAACCUAACCCUUCGACGGGUGGUUCUAAGGUCCGAUUCCGAGAUAGUUUUGUGUUGGUUGAAGAAGUUGAACUCAAGCUUGCCGGUAUUUGUACGUAACCGAGUUGUGAAGAUUUUGGAGCUGACAUCAGAUGUGGAAUGGAAGCAUGUUCGUACAAAGGACAAUCCGGCGGAUCUCGUGUCCCGGGGUGUUCAACCUUUGGAACUGAUGAAGAGUGAACUUUGGUGGAACGGUCCGAUGUUUUUAACAAUACUGAAAGAAGUCGAGACGCAAAAUCUUGAAGAAGUGGACAUUGACAGUAAUGUGAAUAGUGUUUCUGAAGAGAUGGUGGCUGUCGUGGUACAUGAUCACCGCCUAUAUGAUGUGAUCCAGAACUGUAGUGAUUAUCGGAAGAUGCAAAGAGUGUUCGGUUAUGUGAUACGGUUCAUCCACAACUGCAGAGUGAAGCGAUUGGGAGUUGACCGUCGAAGUGGUAAUUUGUCCGGCCUUGACUAUCGUGCUUCGAUGUUGACGAUGGUAAAGGUCGUGCAAAACGUUGUCUAUGAGGAGGAGAUUAAAGACAUCAACCGAGGCCAGCCGGUGAAGGGCAAGCUCAGGAAUUUAAACCCUAUUUACGACAAGAGUGAAGGAGUGCUCAGAGUUGGAGGCCGAAUCCGGCAUUCCGACCUACCACGAGACCAGAAGCAUCCCAUGAUAUUACCCGAGAAGAGCCCCUUCACUGAUAUGAAAUGUGUACGGUGUUUCUGCUCGAAACCAAAGAAAGUGGUACAGUUUAUGGGAGAUUUACCGAGCGUGCGCGUGACUGCCGCGGAACCUUUUUCUCGAACUGGCGUUGAUUACGCCGGCCCGUUGCUGUUGAAGGAGGGCCGAGGAAGAGCUCCUCGGAAGGCCUUUAUUUGCGUUUUCGUAUGUAUGUGCACUAGAGCAAUCCAUCUAGAACUGGUGAGCUCGUUGUCGACAGACGGAUUUCUAGGAGCUUUGCAUCGAUUUGUGAGUCGACGAGGGAACGUCGCCGAAAUGCGAUCAGACAACGGCACAAAUUUCGUUGGCGCUGAACGACAGUUGACGGAAUUAAAAGAUUUGUUGGUGUCGCAAACGCUGGAGAACAAGAUAUCGGAAUUUUGUCAGCCCCGUGGCAUCACUUGGAAGUUUAUUCCGCCACGGGCACCGCAUCAAGGGGGGCUCUGGGAAGCCGGGGUAAAAUCCGUGAAGGGUCAUCUGAACAAAGUCCUCAACGAAUCGCACUUGACGUACGAGGAGAUGUUCCCACAAAGUGAUGAUCCUAUGGACUACCAAGCUUUAAGCCCUGGUCAUUUCCUAGUUGGACGCGAGUUAACAGCGAUUGCCGAGCCUAACUAUGGUGAUCUGAAGGAGUCAAAAUUAUCCCGAUACCAAUUGAUUCAGCGGAGAAAACAGGCAUUUUGGCGUCGUUGGUCCGCUGAAUAUGUGACAGGAUUGAAACGACGUGGAAAGUGGUACAAAACCCGACACUUCUGCGCGAAGACAUGGAAGCUUGGCAGAAUCGUCGCAACGCACCCUGGCAAAGAUGGCAACGUUCGUGUGGUGACCGUGCGAACCAACAGCGGAACUUAUAAACGGGCCACGACAAAAAUAGCUGUACUACCGAUUGACGAGGAAGACCAUUUGGAGUAG